AUGGACCACACUGCAGCUCUGCGUGAGUUGUUUGAAAAAGGAACUCCCUACAUUGAGGACUGCGAUAGUUUUGUAGUAUUAGAUGCCCUUCGUGCUCACCCAUUCUACAGCGCUUUCGUCGUUGUCGGCGCCAACGCGGAGGUUGCUGUGCGAGUGACACGCUCACGUAUUAACGCGACGCUGCGUGCCAUAGAGGAGUGCAACCCCGCCACGGCGGACAUGGAGGGUUCCCUUCUCAUGCAGGAGGCCGAGUUGCUAUCGGCAUCCAACACAAUAAAGGACCUUUGCUCCUCCAUUAAAGAGGCACAGAAGCAACUAGAGAAGAAUGAAAAAGACAUGUGGAACACAUUGCUGUUCCCAGUUAGGGUGGAGACGAAGGAGCGGAAGGCGUCCUCUGCCUCUGCUGCAACGCCAACUCUUCAGUUUUUGCGACACCUUGAUGUGGCACUUGAGGUGCUUGAAAACACUGUGGGUCGCUGGCGACUCCGCCUGGCCUUGUGUAAGGAGGAGUUGGCGUUAUACAAGCGGGAGAUGUUUACCUUUGGACGGGCGGGCGUGCUUUCCUGCUCCGAUCCCGCGAAGGGGCGAGAAGGGGAGGAUGCAAGCUCCUUCCCUAAAGGGAAAAAACAUAGAGGUGAUGACGAUGCAAAAAGUUUCACAUUUUUCCAACCACUUAAAGAGAGACCGUACUCUCCUGUUGGAGUGGUUUCUGUAGUGGAUCAUGUGAUCAAGAAGGCGGCGCGGACGGUAACGGCAGCACCACUAUCCCAUGGCGAGCAGUUAUGGUCAUUAAUGGCCGGCAAACGUGGAGAGGCGAGUUGCCGAAGGUCAUUAUUACCAGAUGCGGCUUGUCUGCAGUUUGCUUACAGUGCGGAGGAGGAGGAGCGGCUUACCGAGGCGAAUCUUGUACUCCAGGAGCACCAAAAGCUGGCUUCUGCGGAGGAUGCCAAAGCAGUUGAGGCCUCCGUCCGUGAACUGUCACAGUUGACCUCGCUAAUGAAUGAUCAGGUUAUGCAACAAAACGAGCAGUUUUCUAUCCUGCUUAAAAACACAGAAACGGCACAUAAUAAUAUGCAUAAAGGAGUGGCAGAGGUACGGAAAACGCUCUCUGGCUUUUGGAAUUCUACGCGUCAACUGAUUUUGUGCCUGUGGGUUAGCAUCUUCGUUUUGAUUGUGGCCAACUGGAUCAUCCGCUAA